AUGGGUGGCGCAAAUCGUGAAGGCGGCAAGGCGAAGCCGCUCAAGCAGGCCAAGAAGGCGACCAAAGACAUGGACGAAGACGACAAGGCAUACCUGGAGAAGAAGCGCGCCGAGGAGAAGGCUCGCAAGGAUAUGGCCGACAAGGCCAAGGGCAAGGGUCCCCUCAACACGGGCGCCCAGGGAAUCAAAAAGAGCGGAAAGAAAUAA